GAUAUAGCUAUUCGCGAAACACACUGACGUCUGUAGCCAUGCGAUGCAAAUCGCACGCUUUAAAUGUGAUGAUGCAAAUUUUUUAAUUACUGUCAUCCCUUAAUUAACCUAGAGAACUGUCGAUCACUUUGUACAAUAAUAUCUCCAUCUCUUCAGGCUAUAAGUCCUUGGUAACAACGAGGCAGAUCUCCGCGUCGAUAACAUGUGGCGCUAGGAUGACAUGUGACUAUAGUUCCGUUCAAGAUUUUUCAGUGUUCUUUGCUUUGUUUAUGUUAUAUUCGUGCAGCCCAAGUAGUGACACCUGUUGACGUAGUAUUGAUUCAAAAUGAACAAUUAUAGACGUGUGUUAUUUAAAUUAGUUAUCACUGUCAUAUUUGUUUUGGUUUUCUUCGGUUUACCUUUGGGUUGUUCGGCACAUGAUGGCCAUAGCCAUGACUUAUCGCAAGAAUACUUCGAAGAAAGGCCAUCUUACAAAUAUUCGAGAGAGGCCAACUUGCAAGCAGAAGAAUUUGAUCCCGAGGAACGUUUCCAUAGAACAAAGUUAUUGCAGGACAUGUAUACACUAUGGGUGCAAGCUCUAUGUUCAACGUUACUGAUAAGUGCUGCACCAUUUCUGAUACUAUUAUUUGUCCCGUUAGACAACAGUAAGGAAAGGGAACCUAUGCUUAAGAUACUGCUGAGCUUCGCGUCCGGUAGUUUGUUAGGUGAUGCAUUCCUGCAUCUCAUCCCCCAUGCCCUUUCGCCUCACUCUCACGGCGAAAGCGAUGGUGACGAUCACGAGCCACACAGUCAUUCUCAUGAUCAUUCCCAUAGCCAUAGUCAUGCGGAGGGGGGAGGAGAAUCUCACGUACAUGACACCAGUGUCGGUUUGUGGGUUUUGCUAGGCAUAAUUACUUUCUUAAUUGUCGAAAAAUUUGUACGUUUAGUUAAAGGCGGGCAUGGGCACACGCACCACGUAGCACACAAAGAAAAACCAAAAAUCCAGAAAAAGACAGAGUCAGAUAAUCAGAAGGUAGCCAAGAAUGAAGGCGCUGGAGACAGAAGUAAAGAGAAUGAUAAGAAAAUAAAAAAGGACAAACAUGAUGUCAACGAGAAACGAGUAAUAGAUCAACAUUCAUCAGACGGUGAAAUUAAGGUGGCUGGAUAUCUGAAUCUUGCUGCAGAUUUUACACACAAUUUUACUGAUGGUUUAGCUAUUGGAGCUUCAUAUAUAGCUGGAGAACAAAUUGGUGUUGUCACGACUUUUACCAUUCUGUUGCAUGAAGUUCCACAUGAAAUUGGUGACUUUGCAAUAUUAAUACAAUCAGGAUGUGAUCGGAAGAAGGCUAUGUUAUUGCAGUUGCUGACAGCUCUUGGUGCUCUGAGUGGAACUGUUGUCUCUCUCUUAGCUGAAGGUGUGGAUAAUGCUGCUUCAUCUUGGAUUCUGCCAUUCACUGCUGGGGGCUUCAUUUACAUUGCAACAGUGUCUGUGAUACCUGAACUGUUAGCUGAUACAAAGUUCUGGCAGUCUGUAAAGGAAAUUAUUGCACUUUUGUUUGGUGUUUACAUGAUGGUUAUUAUUGCACAUUAUGAAUGAAUGUUGCAUAGAAGUCUGUUACAUUCUUUAACAGGUGAUCAUGUUUGGAAUGUGAAACGUUAACUGUAUAGAAAUCCCCCAUUGCUAAAAGAAAAAUGAGAUCUCUCUGCAAGAUAAACACAGUUAUUUGGAA